AUGGACUCCCAGCGUCCACCUCCACCGUUUUCUCGAUCGUCGCUAUUCUCUGCCCGCCAGUAUGCACCAGAACAACCGUCGCGGCCAGACGCACGCGCACCCCCAGCCUUGAAUCCCCUCCACCAACCAGAGAUUGAAGCAUCUCGAACAACAUCACCCUACAGUUACGCUCCCCAGUCAUACGCGCCCGAGAUGAGACCCGAGACCCUGCCUCUCGCGCCGAUGCGUAUGCGGCCUGACGGGACUUUUACUACAAGAACGUCUCCUGUGAAGCAGAAUGGAGCCUCUACGAAGGAGUCACCAAGCAUGUUUUAUCGCGAUGGACCAACAGAGCCCGUAACAUCGGCGAUGCCUUUCACCAGUCGCCAAAUGCCUCCACCGUCCCCUCCUCAGCCAUAUCCAUCCCGAAAUUUAUCCGUGUCAACCGCACCUCCUUCCAAUUCUUUCUCGCGGGAACCAGCCCCUGCUCCAUUGCAUCGCCCAGGGAGCAGCAUGUCGAUAUCGUCCAUGCUCGGAUCAGAUCCCGAUCGCCUGUCGCGAGAGCCGCCGCCCUCACUAUUUUCUCGGCCGUCGAUUUCAUCAUUUGGCACAACACGCUCUUCUGGGGGUGCCAUGUCCCCCCCAAUGGCGCCUGCCCGUCCUGCAUCUUCUCUCGAUCAUCCUCUUUCGCGACGAUCGCAAACCCCAGAUAGGCCAUACGCAAAAGAUCACUCGAGCCGUCCCUCAUCGAAACCCAAUUCGGCGGGCCCAUCUUCAGAAACAUCAAAAUUCGUCUUCGGCAGAGGCUCUUUAUCUCAAUAUCCAGAAAAGGCUUCCAACUCUCAAUUAUCUCCCCAAAACACGCCCUCAGAUGCUCCCUUCUCCCACUCUCGCCAUUCUAGUCUAAACGGACCGGUGCAGCGACCUAGUAGCCAACCACAGCACGAAGAUCAUCGAGGCCCGGGGUAUAGUCCCCGGUCUAGGAUGCUGGGUGAAGGACUUUUAGGAACUAGCCAACGCGCUCCAUCUUAUACAGAUCAUGAUAUGCGACCCCUUCAAAGAUUUGCUGGCCUCUACUCGGACCGAGCUAGAGAAGAACAAGCUGCUCGAGAAAGAGAAAGGGAAAGGGAAAGGGAAAGAGAUCGAGAACGAGAUCGAGAACGAGAACGAGAACGAGAGCGAGAGCGAGAUCGAGAUCAAGAAAGGGAACGAGAAAGAGAACGAGAACGCGAGAGAAAUUCUUUACGUGGGCCAGAUAAUAAAGGCCCUAUAGGAUCCUCACAUGGUAGAUAUGGAGCCCAAUCCGUCGAACGAGAACAGGAUAGAAUAGCAAGCCAUUCGCCGUGGGACAUCGGUAGAUCACAACCGGGAUCACCUGAAAACCGACGUUUUGGCUCGGACACAGGGCCUAGAUUUGGCUUUGGAACAAUACAAAGUUACACAAAAUCUCUUGGUUCCCAAUUAGGACCUUCACGCGCAUCUCAGGGGUCCGCCAUCCAGUCCUCUACUGUCUCUCUCCAAUCUCGCCAGGGACAACCAACUCCGCCUCCAAAUGAACAGCCAUUUCACAGCAGACUCGGCCAAGCUCGCCCGGUUUCUGUGACAUCUGUACCUGCAGCUAAUCAGCCCCUGCCUGGGUCGUCAGCGAAUGACGAACAGCGUCGCAAGGGGAGUGAUGACUUGAUGCAACACCGAAGCUUCUUAGGAAUUAGUGGUGAUGGCAGGCGUGCCGGACGGGCUUCUCCAUUGCCACAAGCCGUCCAAGGCGCUCAGGCGCAGAUAAUCGGGCCUUCUGGGGAAUCUGGCCUAAAAGGAGAAUUAGGUCGGGUGUUUGCAGGCAUUGGUAGUGGUGUAGGCACCGGCACGUCGGGAUCUGUUGGAAGCGGGUCCUCUACGCCAAUGACUAUUAGUCCCUUCAAACGAGAUAGCCUGCCGGGACGACCUGAGAGUAUAGAGGAUACCAAAGUUAGGCGUCGGGCUGCCCCCAGGAAACGAAGCUGGAAAGAGAAAGACGAGGAUGCUCUGGGUGAGAGUGGUGACCAAACACCGGAUGCUCGGACUGGGUCUUCUGGGGGCGGCCCUCGCCGGGGUCGCCACGUCCAUCACCAUCAUCACCAGUACGCCGACCGUUUUCAACAUUUGUUGUCACCAGAAGCUAAUCAUUCGAAUCACAGCCACCAUCAUCACCGUCACAAGAAUGAAGAAGAGGCCGCAGCGUCACGCACACCUGGACCAGCAGCGAAUGGUUUUGGACGGUUUGCUACGUCGACAGAGGCUGCUGCUCCAGCAAAUCCAGUUCAGCCGCACCACCAUCAUCAUCACCACCACCACCAUCACGCCCCCCGACCUGCUGUGCCACCUGUUAGCACCGCUCCAGCGCCACCGCUUCGAGAGGCUCACACGCUUGUCAAUAUCGAGCCACUACUGAAGAGCGUUUCCCAUUUGCCGCGACACCAUCUCGGGUCAACUCUGUAUGCUCCACAUAUUGACGUGCCCAGCUCACAUUCAUCAUCCGAAACUCAAAAGUUUGGCUACACCAGCACCCCAGUGCCCAUACCACGUUUUGAAGGGAAGGAAAAUUGUACCUUUACCGUGCGUAUUCCUCGCUACCGUAUCGACACGAGCCAUCGUGAAGAGAUAUGCGCACGCCGUGCACUUUGGGGGACUGGAGUGUACACAGACGACUCGGACCCAGUCGCAGCUGCCAUCCACUCGGGAUACAUCCGUGGGGAAUGGGGAAAUGACGUCGACGUGUCGAUGCUUGACCUCGAGUUCAAAGACGGCUACAACCACGCGCCCAAACCGGCAGAAGGAGGCGAUACGGGCUUAGACAAGACACGUAUCCCCCCCGUUCCGCCUGCAAACAAGGACUUGCAUAUCACACUUCUCAUUCUCCCCCGUUUGGAACGCUACGAAUCUAGUCUGAUGUUUGGCAUGAAGUCUCGAUCCUGGAGCAGUACACACGAUGGCAUGAGCUUCAAAGUAGAGCGAGUUGAGUGGGUAGACGAGGGUUCAACGCGAGGCGAAGAACGCAGUGGUGCUGCGCGCCGAAAGCGACUACGAAAUAUGAUGCUCUCUGGACGAAUCUGUACGGGCCCGAGCUUGCUGCGCAUGCGUGGAGGCCCUGCUAAUAGAGUGGCUGAUAGCAAUAUCGCCGCCAGUGCUGCACCUGCGUCUGCUACCGUGCAGCCUGUUUCAUGA